AUUUAACUAGUUACAGCAAAGCCUCGGCCGGUUGAACAAACAUGGCAACAUAUGGUGACGAGCCAGUGGAUACCUACUUCUAUUCUUCUUACAAUCCUUACAUGGGCAGAUACUCCCGGCCUAAAGACGCGGGGUGGAAAUAUAAAAGUUACUUCUCCCACUAUGGAGACUCUUCUGAUGCCUUCAACAACCACCAGCGCGCACAGCUGAAGUCCAUCUUGUCCCAAAUCAACCCCAAACUCACCCCGAGGCUCAGGAAGGCGAACACCAAGGAUGUGGCAGUGCAGGUCAACCCGAAGAAGGACGCUUCGGUGCAGUGCUCCAUUGGCCCGCGCACCCUUCUGGCUAUGAAGCGGGACUUCCAGCGCAAAAGGAAGCAGGAGCCAGCGACGCCCGGCAGCCCCAAAGCGACGGGCGGUGUGCGUUACCCCCGCACCCUCGCCGUCUACUCCCCGAUAGCAUACAGGAGCGUCACCUCCUUCCUGGUCGAUGAAAAUAACAACAAUAAGGAAACCUCCAGUGAGACGGUGCAGACCGGUGAGCCCCCGGGUGAGCCGCCCGAGCCCUCCAAGGACACCGAGGGGAAGGACGAAGACAGCCAGGCUGGAGAGGAUGAAAAGACCGCAAAGCAACCAGAGCAGAGCAAAAAGCCCAAGCCCAAACAGCAGGCCAGGAGUGAGGAUGCGCAGCCAACUGCGGAGGACACCAAGGGCAAAGCGCGUGUGCGGUUCCAGUUUCUGGAACAGAAAUAUGGAUAUUAUCACUGCAGAGACUGCAAUCUGCGAUGGGAGAGUGCCUAUGUGUGGUGUGUUCAGGGCACCAACAAGGUUUACUUCAAACAGUUCUGUAGAAAAUGCCAAAAGGAAUACAACCCAUACCGUGUUGAGGACAUCACGUGUCAUACUUGCAACAAAGCGCGCUGUUGCUGUGCAGUGACACAACGACACGUCGAUCCCAAACGACCCCACAGACAGGAUUUGUGCGGCAGAUGCAAAGGCAAGCGGCUCUCUUGCGACAGCACAUUCAGCUUCAAGUACAUCAUCUAAGGAGCGUCUCAACUGUCCUCAACAUGCUGGCACAACUUGUACGGGGGGGCAUCUUGAGCCACUGCUGGUGCAAUGAUGGCAUCUUGGAUGCAAAAUGUAUAUUUGAUGUUUCUGUACUUUAUUUCACACCAGUUCUCUUUGUGUUGAUGAAACUGAAGCACCACAUGUGCUUUACGAUGUAAUAAACAGCUAGCUUGCAUUCUGUCUGUAAGCAUGCUCACUUAAACUUUCACACUGAUCUCAACUCAACUGCAGCACCUUGGAGAAUCCUGCUGCCUAAAAUCAGGCCGA